UUCCGGGUCGGCCGCGCUCCGGCUCCCGGCUCCGUGACUGGCGAGGGCGCCGCGCCGUGCGCUGGUCCCGGGCCGGCGUGGUCGAGCCGCCACCGCGCCUUCCGUCAGGGGGUCGCCCCCGCCCGCAGCCCGGGCCGGAGGAGGACGGGCGCGGGCCGCUCUGCCCCCUCGCUCGGCGCGGACCAGCCCUGCGGAGCCGCCCGCGGACGGCGCCCCUGCCCCGGCGCCGCGGCCCGCCCGGCCGGGGAGGGCGGAAGAUGCCGGUGAAGAAGAAGAGGAAAUCCCCCGGGGUGGCGGCGGCCGCGGCGGACGACGGGGGCCUCAAAAAGUGUAAAAUCUCCAGCUAUUGCAGAUCCCAACCCCCUGCUAGACUAAUAAGUGGAGAGGAACAUUUUUCAAGCAAGAAGUGCCUGGCUUGGUUUUAUGAGUAUGCAGGUCCUGAUGAAGUUGUAGGGCCAGAAGGAAUGGAAAAGUUUUGUGAAGACAUUGGUGUUGAGCCUGAAAAUAUUAUUAUGUUAGUUUUAGCGUGGAAAUUGGAGGCUGAAAGCAUGGGAUUUUUUACCAAGGAAGAAUGGUUAAAGGGGAUGACUUCAUUACAGUGUGAUUGCACAGAAAAAUUACAGAAUAAAUUUGACUUUUUGCGCUCACAGUUGAAUGAUAUUUCAGCAUUUAAGAAUAUCUACAGAUAUGCCUUUGAUUUUGCAAGGGAUAAAGAUCAGAGAAGCCUUGAUAUCGAUACUGCUAAAUCCAUGUUGGCUCUUCUGCUUGGGAGGACGUGGCCCCUGUUUUCAGUAUUCUACCAGUACCUAGAGCAAUCAAAGUAUCGUGUUAUAAACAAAGAUCAGUGGUACAAUGUAUUAGAAUUCAGCAGAACAGUCCACGCUGAUCUUAGUAACUAUGAUGAAGAUGGUGCUUGGCCUGUUCUUCUCGAUGAAUUUGUUGAGUGGCAAAAAGUCCGCCAAACAUCAUAGCAAGAACUGUGUGACGAAAAUGCAAACCUUUGAUUUUCACAUGUAUACAGCUAAGAGAUGAGAAGAGAAACCCCAAAGGGUGCAUUUUCAUUCGUGGGAAAGACUUCUCAUAGUACUACUUCUCCUUUUUUUUUAAAGGAAGUUUUCUUGUUACAUGUGAUGGGCAUUGAGCCACACCUCUCCUGAGACUGAAUAUUGAAGUUUUGUUUUGUUUUGUUUUUGGGUUAUGUUUAUAACAUUUAUUUCAGAACAAUAAAGAUUCAGAUUUGUGACAAAGGCCUAAAAGUGAAGAUGUCCCCUUGAGUGAGUGUCAGAGUGCUACGUUUUUUUUUUUUUUUUGUAAAUUAGAAUCCUCAAAUUUUUGAGCCUGUCUCAUCAGGAAUUUCUGGAAUUUUUAAGAUUUUAAGUGGUCCUUGUGACAAUGUAGCCGGCCUAUUGUAUGGUUCAUUAUAUCCAUCUCUGCCCAGUUAGGAAGAUUAUUGGCCGUGACAUCUAGGAUCAUGAUGCUGUGAUGGAGCUUUUUGCUCCGGGUUCCUGUGAAAGCUGCCAGUGUCUUACUUGCAUCUAUAUGCAUGUGUAUAUCUAUAUGUAUAUAUGUAUACAUAUAUAUACAUAUGUAAUAUAUUUAAUAUUAUAAUGCAUUUAAGAUCAUAAAUGCAUAAGAUCAUUUUAAGAUCAUAAACUGUGAAUUUUAAAUUUUGUGAGUUAAAAAUACUCCAUUUAUAUAUUAAAGAGUAAUGUUCAUGAAUAUUACUUCCCAAAUUUGAUAACGUUUUUAGAGAAUUAGGAACAAUAAUGAAGUUGUGUCAUUAUUAUUAGUGAUAUAGAUGAGACAUUUGUCAUUUUUAGGUUUAGGGAGUUUCAUUAAGAUCCUUUUUUGUUGUUUAGGAGAAUGUUAGGGACUAAGAAUAUUGCUCAAAGGACUGGAGCGCAGGCCUUGCAUGUGAAGGACCUGUGUUGCAUCACUGGAUGACAUGGUCCCCUAAGCACCUCCACAUAUAUGUAGCCUCAUAUCUCCAAGCACUGUCGGGCUGAGCGCUGACCCUUUCCACCUACAUACUUGGGGUCAGGUUUUGCUGGGAGUGGACCCUCAGGUUCCUGAGCACUGCCUGGGAGUAGUCCUGCACACAGAAGACUGGUAUCAUAGUCUUAGAUAUAGUAUAUUUAAGGAAACAAUAGAAUUAGGAAUCAUGAACAAGAACUGGGUAUGAUUAUGUGCAGCUCAACCAUUUACAUUGGUAUAAUCACAAUUUUGCUAGUCAUCAGUUUCUGCCUCUUGGCAAUAAAACAUUUCAAGGAAAGGAUGGCCCUUUCUAGUUCACGUAAUAGACAUCUUUUGACUAGCGGCAGAGCUGCUUGUACGUUCCUCAGAUCUGUAGUUCCCCGGCUGUAUGCAGGCCUGGUUCACAGUCCAGGCGCAGCUUUGGUGACUCCCCUUACCGUAUGACUAGAGGGAAGUAUACACAUUAUUCCUCCAUAGCAAUAAUAUUCCUAUAGAGGGUAGGGUAAAGGUUGAUUUUGUUGUUACUGUUUUAUUUUGGGGCUUUUUUUUUUUUAAAUGAUGAAUUUGUGGGGUAAGUGAUACUUCAUUACCUAAGGAAAAAUAGCAUUUUAAAGUGGUUUCUGACCUGCUUGCUUUUUUGAUUAAUGAGCUGGGCAGAAACGAUGUUUUACCUGCCUUCUUGAUGAAAUCAGUUUGUAAAGGCACUGAAAUAUUAGAAAACAAGUUUUCUUGUUUUCUGGAAAUAAUAAUUUUCUGGAAAUAAUUUUCCUGGAAGGCACCUAUUUAAGUAUUACAGUCACUGACAUGCUGGAAUUAAGCAUGCCAACAGUGUUACAACUUGAUGAGUGGUGUUUUUAAGUCUUUAUAAAUAUUUGAACUAAUCUAAUUGACUCAUUUCUCCAAGGUACAGCUUCUAGACUGAUAGAAUAUUUCUUGUUUAUGAUUCCAAUUCAUAACAUUAUAGUGACGUCUUGCAGGUUGUCACUAUUUAGAUUAAACCGAUUGCCAUGUCUUGACACUCCAAAUUUACACAACUUUUCCAAAAAUAAAAUUUUUGAAAAUCUAUACUUUGUUUACUUUUCAAAAAAUAUCUGUAUGACCUGACUCUGAAAAUUAAAAUUUAGCUUUUACCUGAACAUUACUAACCCAGUUAAUUCCGCCUCAGCUGUGCUUGCUUAGCUCUCCUGUAGUCUCUCCUGUGCUCAUGAAAUUAACCUUCUGGAGAGUCAAGUUGACUCUGCCCCCUUACUCAGCAUCUGGGCUUGUUCCUUUUUAUCUUUCUUAAUUUAUAUUUGAACCAUAUCUACAAGAAACAUGGGAUAAAUUAGUGUAAUCAAAGAGGGCUGUGUUGAUAAGUGUAAAAGAGGUCUUUCUGGCCUCUAUAAUCAGCUUUAAGUGCCUUCCCAGGAAUCCUUUUAGAAUUUUUUUCAGAAUUAACCCCCGUUAGAUAGGGUGUAAUAGUGGUACAUAUAAUUGAAGAUAAUUUGGGACUUAGAAGAUAAAGUGCUUGGCAUGCUGGAACUCCAGGGUCAGAAAUGCCAGGGCACGGCCUUGUUUCCUACUACAAAGACAUGAAAUAAAUAGAAGUGACUUGUCACUGGUAUAUGAAUGUAAUACUGCUGGAAAGAAAUAGCCAGGUAUUCCUUCUCGGCUCUGAGAUAAGAGCGUGUCUCCCUACCCAUCAGAGCCAAGAGAUUUUCACAAGAUUUAGAAUCUCUAGGAAAUUGCCUGGGGUUUAGGUAACCUAGUGUGAUUUCUUUGUUGUGUUUUGUUUGGAGGCCACACCUGGUGGUGCUCAGGGAUCACUCCUAGUGGGACUUGGGGAGCCAUAUGUGUUUCUGGGAAUCAAGCCCCGAUUAGCCACAUGCAAGACAAGAGCCCUGCCCACUGUGCUGAUUUACUCAGGCUUCCUUAGUGUGAUUUUAAAAAAUAAAAAUGUUAAUUUCUCAUG